CUGAAAAACGUUGGAAGUCUAAAAGUCGUCAGCGAAAGUGUUUGUAAUAUCAAAGAUUAAUUUGAUAUAAAACAGCCAUGUCUCUCUAUGAGGACUUCCUCCUGUGCAACUUUCCGAAAUGUCGGACAAAGCUGAGUGGCUUCGCAUGGGUGACUGCAUGUUCGCACGCAUUCUGCGACCAGCAUGGAUCAGCGGAGUUCAGUCGCUCACCCGCCAUCUGUCCUGCCUGUUCGUCUGCACUCUCUGGGAAACUGGAUAUUGUACGCACUGAGUUGUCGCCCUCUGAGGAGUACAAAGCUAUGGUCCUGGCUGGCCUGCGGCCCGAGACCGUGCUGGACAUUAGUGCUCGUGCCCUUGCAUUCUGGACAUACCAGGUGCACCAGGAGCGGCUGUUCCAGGAGUACAGCUUGUCCCGAGCAGAGGGUCAGCUGAAGCAGGCUGAGAAGUUGCUGACUCAGCAGAACCAGAGCAGGGAGCUGGAGCUAAGUGCCAUGAGGGAAGAGAUCUCCUCACUGAAGAAGGUGAUGGAAGAAUACAAGAGGAAGUACAGUGAGGUGUCAGAGAGGCUGAUGGAGAGGAACAGACAGUACCAGAAACUGCAGGGCCUCUAUGACUCUCUUCGACUGAGAAAUAUGCUGGGGGAGAGAGAGGGAAGCAGACAGGGGCCUCUUGAAUUUGGCACAGGUCUGGGGGCACAGCAUUCACCCUGGAACAGUCCACAGUUCCUGGGUGUAGGAACUGAAGGGGAGAGGAUUUUCUCUGCGCUGGACCCCGACUUAUCCAAGAACUUCUUCCAGUUUGGCUCCCCAUGUAGAGAUCGCAGCCGUACUUUUGUGAGGAAGCACUGAACGAGUUGCCUGCUUGUAGCACAGUGAGGUCACAACAACACACUUUAGACAGCAGACAGACAGAUUAACAAGGAGAGCGCACAUAUGAAUGGUACAGCCAAGAUCAACAUUUACAUAGGAUUGUUGAAUAACCAUUAUGUAUUCCUGAGUCAGUGACUGAGUGUUACUUAGUUUCCACAUCCUAUCCAGUUUUAAGAGGUUGAAUGCUGUUAGGAGUAAGACAUACCUGUACUGUUCACAUUAGUCUUCUGAUUUUGUGGCAUG